CAGCUGGUAUAAAAGUAGCCGCCACUCUCAUAAGACUAUUUUCGUUCAUCGACUGAACAGGAACCAUGCCUGAACCCGCCAAGUCAGCGCCCAAGAAGGGCUCCAAGAAAGCCGUCACCAAGACCGCCGGCAAAGGAGGCAAGAAGAAGAGAAAGACCAGGAAGGAGAGCUACGCCAUCUACGUCUACAAGGUGCUCAAGCAGGUCCACCCCGACACCGGCAUCUCCUCCAAGGCCAUGAGCAUCAUGAACUCCUUCGUCAACGACAUCUUCGAGCGCAUCGCCUCCGAGGCGUCUCGUCUGGCUCACUACAACAAGCGCUCCACCAUCACCUCCAGGGAGAUCCAGACCGCCGUGCGCCUCCUGCUGCCCGGAGAGCUGGCCAAACACGCCGUGUCUGAGGGCACCAAGGCCGUCACCAAGUACACCAGCUCCAAGUAGACGGACCGGCUCGAUCCAAACCAAACCAACGGCUCUUUUAAGAGCCACACACUUGUUCUAAAGAGCUGUAUUUCUACGUAUUGAUGAACUAAGACUUGUUAUAAAACUUGAUAAUUAAGGAACUCUGCACUUUUGUCAAUGUAGGAUCAGGCUGGUUCCAAUGAAACCAAAAAUAGACAUUGCUUCUUACAGAAUAGAUGCUGGGCCUUUGUUGAAACAUAAACAUAUCAAUAUAUGUUUAGAAUCCUUGGAAGAACUGGACCAGAUUUGCCGGUAGACUGCAGUUUAUUUACAAUGUAGUAACACAGUCUGACCAGAUGAUGGUGACAAAGACAACUUUAAUUGUUUUUUUUAUUUACACACUGCAGUUAUUAGAGUCCAACAAAUUAUUAAAUCCGAAUUCACAUAACUGGGGGUAAUUAUUUGAGUGGUUCUUUAGAUGAGCCAUUCACACUGCAUAUUACUCCUCACAUAGAAAGUCCUUCCUGGUUGACCAUGUCUUGACACAAUGAUGGGCCCAAAUACAUUUUCAAUCAAGAUGUAAAGUCAACCAGAAGCUCAUUGGGGACUGGCAUUUGAUAUUGAAUGGGUUUGUUAUUCGAUGUUCACCACUGACGUGUUGUAAUAGAAUAAUUUUGGAAAUACACCUUUUUUGUCAAUUGUUUACAGUAAAACACAGAACACAGACUUUCAGCAAAUACAAAUAUUGUCUUGGUAUGGCGUAAUUACAAUAAUAAUAAACUGAACAUUCAUCAAAUAAAGAACAAGAAAAAAUAGUG